AGCUCACAAGAUACACCACCGGGAUCAACCAGCGCGAGCUACCCAGCGACAAUAAUGGCAAAGCUCGCCGCCGCCCUGACUGUCCUCGCACUGGUCGCCUGCGUGGCUCCUCCGUGCCAAGCAGGCUACGGGUAUCCCAACCCUGUGCCUUCCAGCCCGAGUGCACCAAGUCCUCCACCACCGACGCCGAUUACACCUAGUCCUGCUCCGCCCUCCCCGAUUGCACCAUCUACUCCACCACCGAAUACACCUCCACCGCCCACUCCGAGCUCACCUGCACCGGGGCUCGCCGUUGGCUAUUACCAGAAUACAUGCUACCGUGCCGAAGACAUCGUGAGAGAGGCCGUGCGCAACGCCAGCAAGGGCAUCAUGGCGGGGCUCAUCCGUCUAUUCUUUCAUGACUGCUUCGUCAGGGGUUGCGAUGCAUCCGUGUUGCUGGAUACGGCCGACCCGAACAGUGCGACAGAGAAGUUUGGCAUCCCAAACCUGAGCUUGCGUGGCUUUGAAGUGAUUGACGCGGCAAAGGCCAAGAUUGAGAAGGAGUGCGGCACCGUCGUGUCAUGUGCCGACAUUGUGGCCUUCGCCGGACGUGACGCCACCUACUUCCUCAGCAACAACAAGGUCUUCUUCGACAUGCCUGCCGGCCGCUAUGAUGGCCGUGUGUCCCUCAUAAACGAGACACUCAUCAACCUCCCCCCUCCCUUCGCCACCGUGGCUCAGCUCAAGGCCGGGUUUGCAUCCAAAGGACUCACCGCCGACGAGAUGGUAACCCUCUCCGGCGCGCACACCGUAGGGAUCUCCCACUGCUCAUCCUUCUCAAACCGCCUCACCUCAAACUCCUCCGACAUGGACCCCAAUCUGAAAAGCACUCUGCAAGAGGAAUGCCGGUCAAAUAAUGGCAGUGACAACACGGUGGUACAAGACAUCAAUACCCCUGACAAGUUGGACAACCAGUACUACAAGAACGUGCUCAGCCAUAAGGUGCUCUUUGACUCUGACGCCACGCUAUUGACGGCGAUAGACACUAGCAACGCGGUGAGUGCAAACGCUAAGGAUACAAACCAGUGGGAAGAGAAGUUCAAGGCGGCGAUGGUGAAGAUGGGUGCUAUUGAUGUCAAGACAAUUGCUAACGGCGAGAUUAGGAGGAGUUGCCGUGUCUUGAACACCAACUAGAUCGGUUAGCUGAUCAGAUUCAUGGCGAAACUUUCUAUGCUUGAGUUAUUAUUAUUUUUAACAGUACACUCGCACUUUCUCGUGUGCAGUACUAUCUGGAUCCCCUUUUAUUAUUUAUUUUAUUUUCCUUUCCUAAUGUUGUAUUGAUUUUUCCAUUGGAUUGGUAUUGUAACAGUUUGUUCUUGACCAUUUUGUCAUGAAAGGUAUUUGUAUAGAAAUGCAUAAUACUACUGGUUAUUUAAUUAUUA